CAUCAUGAAUAAUUUCACUUAGUCCAUGUAAUUUGAAUUUUUGUUGCAAUUUUGAAGGCAAAAAUUUAGCCAUAAAAAUUACACUUUGUUUGAUGAGAGUGAAAAAGUAAAGGAAAUCAAUAUGGUGGAUAGGUUUGGUUUGGUGUGAGAAUGGCCUAUGUUUGGUGGUAUUAAGCAAUGAUGUUAUGAAUCCAAAUCAGAGUUCUCUUCACAUUUCACUUCCUCAUUUUACAAAUUAAGCUCAAGUGAACCCUUUACCAAUGGCUUUUGCUUUCUCCCUGAGAUGGUGGUGGUGCUUUUUUGUGGUUGUGUUUUGCUUCUCUUCUUCUUUUUGCAACUCAGAUCCAAUGGACAUUAUUCAUGGGAGAGCACUAUCUUGCUUCGAUUAUCGCCCCGUCUAUAGCAGGUGCAAUGACUCAUUCAGAUUGAAUGAACAAGGGAGUGUUAACAUUCCACAAGAAGGAAUAGAUGAGUAUUGUGAGGGGCCAUGCUUUGAGGAGACACAUUUGGUGUUAACUUGUGUUGGUGAUGUACACAAUAGCUUUAGGUUCAGUAAUGGUGCAUCAGUGAAAGAUGUGAAGAGUGCUCUCAUUAGAAGAUGUGGACACACCCCAAAAAGAGGAAAUGUUGCUGUCGCGGAGCACUUUGAUAUCGAUAAUCCCUACGGGUUCGACGGAUUUGGUGAUUGCUUUGAUCAUGGAAACAAGCUUACAAUUCCUAUCUACUUGUUGAUCUUUCUCACCUGUGCUAUGCUUAUUUUGGGUUAGUAAUAAUAAUGUCAUUGAAUGGUGCCCUCAUCAUGCUGAAUAUCUUGGCAUGUUAACUUAAUUUUGUGAUCUUGGUCUAAUUAUUAUUUAUGUCUUUUUAUUCUUUUUAUUUUUA